GUGUGGGGUGGCCGAUCGUGCCCGUCCCCCAAAACACAGCGCCGGCCGCUCUCUGUCGUCGCCUCCGCUCGUGUAGGCCACGCCAAGCCAACCGCGUCAUCUUAUCUCUCUCCCAUCAUUUCUUUCAUCUGAUCUAUCGUCUCGUCAUCUCCUAUCUUCUCUCUCUUCCCCUUCUUCAGCCUGCGGCGAGAAGAGAGAAGCAAAGACGAGGAGCUGGCUAGCUGCUUGGCAGCUGCCUGUCCAUGUCCGUGACACCGCUCGUGCUCCUGCCUUCCAAGAAUCCUGAGCGAGGCUGGGAAAGAAGCUUGCUAGGGCACAGGGGAGACAGAGCGUCCGACGGUCCGAGUCGUUGCCUCUUGCCGCUUGUUCGUCUUGUUUCAGGUCAGAGCUAGCUGAUUGAUCGUGAUCAGAGAAACAGAGCGGUAGUUUUGUUGGGUUGGGCGAGUUCGUAAGUUCGUUCCAUGCAUGGAUGGCAAGGAACUCAUCUCACCGUCCGACCUGCAGUCAUUCUACGGGCAGCAGCAGCAGCAGCACAGGGCGCUCGGCGGAGGUGGCGGCGGGCAUAGCCCGUCCCCGCUCGCCGGGAUGCACUCCGUCAUCCGCCCCAUGCCCAACAUGAACAUGAGCGCCACGGCGAUCCUCAACUCCAUCGGCGGUGGCUCCCUUGCCGGCAUACAGUUCCAGAUGGACCACACGCCGCCGCCGCCAUUGCUGCACAACAGCAGCAUGAGAUCCGUCUCUGGCUCUGGUUCUGGCGCGGUGCCGACCGGGCCGCCUGGUGCGACUCCCGCGGAUCCGGUCAAGCGGAAAAGAGGUAGGCCGCGUAAAUACGGGCCGGACGGCACCAUGAAGGCGGCUGCAUCGGCGGCGCAGCAGCAACAGCAACAGCAGCAGAUGGUGAGUGCGCCGACGAGGAUGGGGUCCAUGUCCGGAGCUGAGAUGCUAGGCAGCUCGGGGCUGGAGGACCCGGCGCAGAAGAAGCGACGUGGACGACCGCCAGGAACGGGGAAUAAGAAGCAGCCCUCGCCCUCUGUAGGCAAUGCGUUCUCUGGUUCAGCUGGAACGAGCUUCACGCCGCACAUUAUCACAGCAUCUCCUUCAGAGGACGUUGCCGGGAAGAUCGUUGCCUUCGCGAACCAGUCGUCAAGGGCGGUGUGCGUCCUCUCGGCGAUGGGCUCCGUCUCCAGGGUCGUCCUCCGCCACCCGGCAGAUGCCUCCCCUAUGCCAAGGGCUCACGCGCCUCCGCCCUACAAGAACCCGGCCAUCUACGAGGGUUUCUUCGAGAUCCUGAGCAUGUCUGGCUCUUACAACCUCAAGGAGGGCUCACAGAGCCUGCAAAGUGGCGGGCUCAGCGUCACGCUCUGCAGCCCCGAGAGGAAUGUGAUCGGAGGUGUUUUGGGCGGAGCACUGGUAGCUGCCAGUACCGUGCAGGUGGUGCUAGGGAGUUUUCACCAGGCAGGGUCCAGACCAAAGUCCAAGAAAGCCGGGAAGCAGCCGGCCUUCAGCUCCGACUCGCUCACCGGCGGGCAAGAUGCGUCGCCCAGCUCUGGGCACAACCAAAAUCUAACGCCACCCUCUGUAACAGGAGGGUGGCCUAGCUCCGGGAUAUUUGACACGACAGGUUCCAGCAUUGAUAUCAACUCAUCUAGAGGCUAGCUCAUUUGUCGACAAUUACAGCUCUCAAGAAUUUUCUGUUUGCAGAAGAAUACCGAAACCAUACUUCGAAAUAGCACAUUCGGUUUUUUGAGUAAAUUCUUAUAGAUUCCACUAGGCAGCGUUCAAUGUUAUGUUAUUCGAAUCCAACUAUCUGCUUCCUUCUUCCUUUGCGAGACAUGUCAUUCCCGAUUAUACAUUUAUAGUAUCAUUGUUAUCCUCUCAA